AUGAGGGAAUGUUUCCCUUUUUCCCAGCUGCAGUGGGCGGUUCUCUCUCUGGAGCCUCCAGUGUCUGGUGGGGGACCACCGCAGGCAUGCGUGUCUGCCCAGUGCCGUCUCCGCUCCCCGAGCAAAAUCAUAUGUUUGUGUGCAGUGCCUAACACAAAUGGGAGCCUUCAUCCACCACACACUCCAGGGAUCAACAUCAUUUACUUUCCGCCACAGUCCAUUGCCCCCCUAAUGACCCCCGAUCUCAGACAGCCUCUUCAUCCGAAAGUGGCCCUUCGCUUUUACUCUUGGAUUACGCCGCGAUGUGGAGCAGUCGAGCAGUGGGGCCGUGGCGAAGCAGGGCGUGAAGGAGCGAGCAGUACCAGUCUGUAG